AUGCAAUAUUCAUUAGCAUGUGACGUUUAUCUAUCUAUCUAUCUAUCUAUCUAUCUAUCUAUCUAUCUAUCUAUCUAUCUAUCUAUCUCCCCCGCUCUCCGUUUCUGCGACCAUCUUUUUGAUUCUCAAGGAUCUCAUGGUGAGAUUAUAAUUUUGUUUUCAUUUUUUGCAACUACACCUCCUCCAUCACCGUAUCUUUUCUUUGACUUUUGCUUAUCUUUCUUUCUCUCUCUCCUUUUACCAGGCGACCAUCUUUUUGAUUCCCAAGGAUCUCAUGAAACGAAAGGUCGCAAGAAAAGGAAACCGUACACACGCUAUCAGACCAUGGUGUUAGAAAACGAAUUCCUGAAUAGUUCGUACAUCACACGUCAGAAACGAUGGGAAAUUUCGUGUAAGUUACAGCUGACAGAACGACAAGUAAAAGUCUGGUUUCAGAACAGACGGAUGAAACGCAAGAAGCUCAACGAACGCGCGAAGGCACGGCUCAGAGAGGACCAGGAAAACAAGGAUCAAGCAUAG